AUGAUUUCAAGCUACUUCUUGCUCAUUGCUACUUGGACGGUUUUAGCUUUUGCUGCCCCAUUAAAAAGAAAGGAUGACUCCUUCAACCCACUUGACCAUGUAGACUUGUUUUACGGCACUGAGAAUGGAGGAAACAUGUUCCCUGGGGCUACUCGUCCUUUUGGAAUGGCCAAAAUAGGUGUAGAUGUUUUGGAUCCAAGCUUUGGUAAUGCAUACUCUGGUUACGCUCCGGGCGGGGAGAUUAAUGGUAUUUCAAUGAUGCACGAAAGUGGUACUGGUGGUGCUCCGGAAUAUGGUGUCGUUUCUCAAUUGCCGUUUACUGGGGAGUUCAAUCCUGGAAAAGAGUUGACAUUAGCAAGGGUGCAACAUGAUACAGCUCAAGUUGGUUACUACGGUGUCAAUACAAGUGACGUUGAUAUAGAGGUUGUUGCAGGUGAGAGGUUUGGCAUUUUGAAAUACAACUACCGCAACUUGACUGAAGAUUCCCAAAUUCUAGUCAAUGUUUCUCAUCAUUUAGGUGCUCCGGAUAGACCUUGGUGGACACAGAGGUUCGUUAAUGGCUCAAUAGAUGCAACAACUCAAGGUUACACUGGAGUUGCAACGUUUAAAGGAGGAUGGGGAGACCAACUGGCUUGGAACAUACACUUUUGCUGCAACUUUAGCACAGAAGCAACAACAAUCGCAACAUUUGACAACAAUGGAACUACAAAAUCAAGCCAAUCAGUUCUGAAAGCAUCCCAAGAUAACUCAUUCGGCGUUGUGUUCAACUUUGGCAAGGCUCUGGAAGUUACAUCACAAGUUGGGAUCUCUUUCAUUUCGGCUGAAAGGGCUUGUUUCAACAUCAACUAUGACCAUACCUUCAAUUCCUUGCUAGAAGAAACACGAAAGACCUGGACUGAGGAGGUGUUCAACAAAUUCGACUUGACUGGAGAUUCCAACACGAUUGACCAAUUUUACACCAACUUGUAUGGAACUCAUUUGAUCCCAACCAACAAAACCGGGGAAAACCCAAAUGCAAAUUGGCAGCCAUCUGACACUUAUUAUGACGAUUUUUUCACAAUCUGGGACUCCUUUAGAUGCUUGAACCCAUUAAUCAACAUUGUCAACCCAACAAGAGGCUCGGAAAUUGUCCAAUCUUUGGUAAACAUCUACAGAAAUGAAGGCUGGACACCAGAUGGUCGUUCGGCCAACCAAAAUGGGCGUGUCCAAGGAGGAACCAACAGCGACGUGGUUAUGGGGGAUGCUGCUGUCAAGUCGAUUGAAAAUGUUGACUGGUCCGCUGCAUAUUCUGCAAUGAAACACAAUGCCGAAGUAGCACCUCCCUAUUGGCAUGAUUCUUUCGCCCCAGACGCAUCAACAAAGGAAGGACGUGGAGCCCUUCCAGACUGGUUAAAAUACGGUUAUGUGACCCGUAAUUACACAAGAUCAGUAAGCCGUACAAUCGAAUAUGCUUAUGAUGAUUUUGCCCUUAGUGUGGUUGCAAAACAAUUAGGAUAUCAAGAUGACCAUGAAAAAUAUCUUGCCCGAUCUGCCAAUUGGCAAAAGAUAUGGAACAAAGACGCCACAGCUGAUGGAUACAACUAUACUGGAUUUGUUCAACCUCGGAAUGCUGAUGGAAGUUUCAAUUCAACAAACUAUGACCCGUUUUCAUGUGGUGGUUGCUAUUGGGGAGAUGAUGAAUAUGAGGGUAAGCCAGUUGAAUAUGGCUUUGCUGUGCCCCACGAUAUUGAAACUUUGCUUUCCCUUAUUGGAAGCAACGAAACUUUCAUUGAACGGAUCAAUGAUUUGUACCCUUUGCAUGGGAAACAAGUUGCUGAUGUAGGUAAUGAGCCCAGUUUUCUCACGCCUUUCUUGUUCAACUUUGUCAAUCAACAGUACAGGUCAGUGGAAUUGGUCAAUUACAUAUUGAAGAAUGAUUUCAAGCAAGGAAGCAAAGGUUUGCCAGGGAAUUCAGACGGAGGAGCAAUGCAAGCUUGGGUUAUUUUCAGCUUGAUUGGCUUGUAUCCAAUAGCCGGAACCACCACUUACUUAAUCACCUCCCCAUCAUUGAGCAGCAUCAAAUUGAAAUUGGAAAAUGGUGCAAAUGUGCACAUUUCAGCCAAAAAAUUGUCCAAUGAGAAUAUCUAUGUCCAAAGUUUGAAAGUGAAUGGCCAAGAAUGGAACCAAAACUGGAUUGAUCAUGAUACAUUGUUUGGCGAAAAAGGCGGGUCAAUUGAGUUUCAAUUGGGAAGUGAUGCCAAGAUUUGGGAGUCGGGCAAUGCUCCACCAAGCUCUGGUCACUACACAGCUUCAGAGUAG